UCCCUUAUCAAUCCGUGUUUCUUCUUGUUACCAGCUAGCAACAAGCAGCAAAAGCGAAUCCUUUCGAGCUUGGUGAUUGCCAUGGCGCUGUGGGGCGGGCUGGGGCAGGCCACGACGGUGGCGCAGCUGGUUGGCGCGGACGUCGGCGGGCUAAUCUCCGUGAUCAUGAAGGCGGCGUUGACGGCUCAGCAGAACAAGGAGUGCGAGCAGCUCGCCCGCCGCGUCUUCAUGAUCGCCGAGCUGCUGCCGCACCUGCAGGACCCGGAGGUGAUGCGGCGGCCGGAGAUCCAGAGGCCGCUGGUCGGGCUCGACGACACGCUCCGGGAGGCCCACGAGCUUGUGAUUUCUUUUCAGGAGAAGAACGCGAUGCACCGGUUGGUAAUGGCAGGUCGACAGGCUGAGAAAUUCAGAGAAGUUCAGAGCAGGAUCGACUCGUUCCUCUUCGUCAUCCCCAUCAUCGGCUACAUCGGUGUUACCCGGCGCCUUGAUCGAAUAUACAGAGUUCUUCUUCCGAGUGACACGUCCGUGCCAUCUGCAUCUACAGGCUCCCGGACUCAUGAGCUGGCACACAUUUCUGCUUCAGCUAAAUGGACACCUUUGUCUGCGUUUGUCCAGGAGCUCGCAGAGGAGGCCGCUCAAGAGGUGGUAUUCCAUGGCGAAAAAGGCGAGAAAUUCACCUUUGCAGAGCUUGCGACGGCGACCAACAACUUUGCAUCUGACAGACUAAUCGGUCGAGGCGGCGUCGGCAAUGUGCACAUGGGAAGGCUUUCUGACGGGCGGGAGGUGGCCAUCAAGCAGUUUCACGAUGAUCUUUCCAUAUAUGCUAGUAAGUACGAUCCAUUUGUGACUCACUAUGAUCAUGACGAAUUUUAUCAGAGAUCUAUUGAGGAGUUCAAUACAGAGCACACCAUCCUCUCUCACAUCCGCCACAAGCACAUCAUCCGUCUCUUUGGCUGCUGCACGGAGCGCCAGUACAAGCGGAAGAUUAAGCUCUCCAUAUGGUGCUGGAAAAAGGAAGUUGUCCUCCUGCAGCCUAUGAAGCGUCUCCUCCUCGUCUUCGAGUACAUGAAGAACAGCUCGCUGGACAAACACCUCCAUGGCUCGUUGUCGUCGUCCUCGCCGGUGACGACGUCUUGGAGUAUGCGCUUGGAGAUACUGUUGGGCGUUUGUCGGGCCAUCGAUUACCUGCACACCCACCCUACGCGGCCGGUGAUCCAUCGUGACAUCAAGCCGUCUAACAUCCUGCUCGACUCCAACUGGGUCACGCGCUUGUCAGACUUCGGGUGUUCGAUCACCUGGGACGAUGAGACAGAGGGUAGUGAUUAUCCCAUGGCUGGCACUCUCGGAUACAUCGACCCGGAGUGCAUGAUAAUUACUAUGUACCCGAAGCCAACAUGCGGCAUUGUGAUGCUGGAGGUAUUGACUGGUCGAAGGCCAGUUGAUAAUGAUCAGGAGGGGAAUAAACAUUUAGUUCUUUUCGCGCUGCCACUGAUCGAGGCGGGGGAAGUAUGGGAGUUGCUGGACAGGCGCCUACUGGCGACGGAGCCAACGGCUAAGCAGCUCCAAGCGGCGGAACUAGUGGCACACACGGCAGCAAGCUGUGUGCAGCUUGAGGGGAAGGACCGGCCGGCCAUGUCGGAAGUCGUGGCCAAGCUCCAGGAGGCGGUUGAGCUCGUGAGUGGUAAUGAGUAGCCAGAAUGUGAAGAUCAAUCAUAACCGUACACUGUUGUUUGUUGCUUCUGUAUUCAAAUCGAAAUAAGUUUGUGGGUAGCUUAAUUUGGUGCUAUUAUAUUCUCAUCCGUCAAGGUGGUUCCUGGAUAUGUUGAGCUGGUUUGCUUUGAGACCUAAAUUUGGUUUACUAAUAUUUGCCAAUUUCAAUACUGUUUAGUGUUUAUUUGGUUUGAAGCCAAAUUUUAUCAUCCCUAAGAAAAUAAGCCAUUUUAAUAGUUAACUUAGGCUAUUUUAGCUUCAAUCCAAACCCAACCUUGCCUUCCCAAAAUUAGUCAUACCAAAACUUAUCAAAAUUUAGCAUUGCCAAAAAUUGGUAAAACCAAUUUAGGUCACAAACCAAACCAGACCGUACUGCUCCCUGCUGAAGGAUAUUGCCUUUUUUUUUUUUUUGGAGGGAAUGGCAUAUACUACUAUCUAUUUUGAAUUUA